UAAAGUGAAUAAGUGCAACAGAGUUUUCUCUCUAUGUGCAUUGAAAAAUCUCUGUACCAAUCAUACGUAUGGAAAUUAUCAUUUCGAAACGAUUUCAAAGAAAAUAUCCUUCUUUUUAUUAUUAUUCGAAGAUUGGUUUUAUGGUUGUUAUUUUAUCAUCACGCCCAGGGAGAAAAUAUGACAUUUGCAUGGAAUUCACAUCCAUUUUCUUAGCAAUGUUAUCAGACAAUGUGUCAAGUGUAUUCAAUUUAUUGUUAAUUCGCAACGGCGAAUACGCAACGGCAAAAGUGUACAGACAUUUCACAUAAUAAAAUAGAAGUAUACAUUUAUUGGCCAUAUUUAGAUUGGUUUAUCUUAUCAGAGAUUGCGCAUUUCAAAUUAAGUGAUUGUGUGUGAAUCGUGAUGAUCUGAUGGUUUGCUUUGAUUCCAUUCGAAUACAGUUGUAAUUAAUUCAGUUGUACGGAAAUUUUUGACUAUUUUUUUUGCAAGGAUUGUGCGUGCGUGAGCUAGCAAAAGCUCUGGAGAUCGGUUAUCAUAUUAAAGGAAUUGCAACAAAAACAACAACAACAACAACAACAGCAGAUAGAUUAUAACAGCAAUAGAGAUCGAGAUUCAAUCAUAAUCGAAAGAUAUUAGAGAGACAUAAGAUAGAGACGGAGAGGCCGACCAAUCGACCAACUCAUCGAUAAUAAAACGGCGUAGAAAGACACAGAGACCGCAAUCACACCAAAUAAACGUUCAAAUCGUGCCUGCAUUAAAAAUGAACUUCGAUGAAUACAGAAAACAUGGCAAAGAAAUGGUCGAUUAUAUAGCUGAUUAUUUGGAAAAUAUUCGAGAUCGUCGUGUUUUUCCAAAUGUACAGCCGGGUUACAUGCGAAAUCUAUUGCCCGAAUCAGCACCGAUUGAAGGCGAGGAAUGGCAUCGAAUCUUUGAGGACAUUGAACGGGUUAUAAUGCCAGGUAUAACACACUGGCAAAGUCCACAUAUGCACGCAUAUUUUCCAGCAUUAAAUUCCGGACCAUCGUUGCUCGGCGAUAUGUUGGCCGAUGCCAUCAAUUGCCUUGGAUUCACAUGGGCAUCAUCACCGGCUUGUACAGAGCUUGAGACCAUCGUAAUGAAUUGGCUAGGAAAAAUGAUUGGUUUGCCCGAUGAUUUUUUGCAUACCGGUGGCAAAAGUAAAGGUGGCGGCGUUAUUCAAACAACAUCAUCGGAAUCGACAUUAGUUUGUUUAUUGGCCGGUCGAACUCAGGCGAUACGACGCUUUCAUGAACGAACACCCGGCUUACAGGAUUCGGAAAUAAAUGCACGUCUCGUGGCUUAUUGUUCGGAUCAAGCACAUUCGAGCGUUGAAAAGGCUGCUUUGAUUGGUUUAGUGCGAAUGCGAUUUAUUGAAUCGGACGAAAAUCUGGCAUUACGUGGAGCCGCACUCGAAGAGGCCAUUAAAGAUGAUAUAAAACUUGGCUUAAUUCCAUUUUGGGUGUGUGCAACACUUGGGACCACUGGUGCUUGUGCAUUCGACAACCUGAAUGAGAUUGGUGAUAUUUGUAUGGAGCACAAAAUUUGGUUACAUGUUGAUGCUGCAUAUGCUGGAAGUGCAUUCAUUUGUCCAGAAUAUCGCAUUUGGUUGAAAGGCAUCGAAAAAGCCGAUUCGAUUGCAUUCAACCCAUCAAAAUGGCUUAUGGUACAUUUCGAUUGCACGGCCAUGUGGGUGAAGAACAGUUGCGCAUUGCACAGAACAUUUAAUGUUGAGCCGCUCUAUUUGCAGCACGAAAAUUCAGGACUGGCUAUCGAUUACAUGCACUGGCAAAUUCCGUUGAGUAAAAAAUUUCGUGCAUUGAAAUUGUGGUUUGUCUUGCGAAAUUAUGGCAUAAAAGGUCUGCAAAAGCAUAUACGCGAGGGCGUUCGACUAGCGCAAAAAUUUGAAGCUCUUGUUCUGGCCGAUAACCGAUUCGAGAUUCCAGCACCAAGACAUUUGGGCAUGGUUGUAUUCCGGAUCAAAGGUGAAAACGAUCUAACGGAACGUUUGCUCAAGCGUUUGAAUCAUCGCGGUAACUUACACUGUGUACCGGCUUCACUUAAAGGCAAAUAUGUUAUUCGAUUUACCGUUACAUCAACGCACACCUCUAACGAUGAUUUGCUUAAGGAUUGGGCCGAAAUUCGGAAAGUUUCAACCGAACUACUGGAAGAACUCAACAUCCACAUCACCGAUCGUGCUCGCGUUCAUCUUAAAGACACCCGGGAAAAGAACGAAGCUUUCGGCUCAAGCUUAUUACUUGCAAACUCACCAAUGUCACCGAAAAUUGUGAACGGAUCGUUUGCCGCAAUUUUUGAUGCUGAUGAAUUUCUGGCAAAAACUUAUGCUGGCAUUCGAAUAGCGAGUCAAAAUUCGCCGGCGAUGCGUCGACGUGUUCGAGGAAUUUUGAUGUCAGGUAAGCAAUUUUCGUUAGACUCUCGAAUGGAUUUAGUGUUUCAUGGUUUGGAUGGACGAGAUUCGGGCAGUAAAAAUCAUGCGAUAACGGAAGAUGGCGAAGAAACGUGGGAAGUUUCUGAGGCUAGUGCCGAUGAAGAUACCGUUGAAGAGUCAUCAUCACCGCCAACAAUGACAAAAACACGAGUAAAAUAUGAUCGAUUAUGACAUCAAGAGAUGCCGCAUAAAAUCAGCGGCUAUGACAUCAGUCCAUCGCUAUCAACAUCAAGCAAUGAAGACUCAACGCCAAUCAAUACCAUACAAUUUACAAUAGUUCAAACA